AUGUCUGGUUCCAUCACUCAGAUCCAGCGUUUCAGCAUAAUGAGUAAACAAAAUGGAAAAGCUUCGUGGGAUGUAAGAACCACAAAGGUCUUUAUUGGCCUGUGCAUUGAAGAGGUUGAAAAAGGGGGAAGAAAAGGAACUAGCUUGACAAAGCCUGCUUGGGCAAGUCUUGGGGACAGCUUCACUGCAAAGACUAGGAGAGUCUACACGAAAAUCCAAUUUAAGAACAAACUUGACUCUCUGCGAAAAGAGUGGCAGCUAUGGGAUAAGCUGCUCCGUGAGACAGCUACAACUGGACCACAGUCAUGGGCACCUUCUUCCACGACACUUCCAAGCAAAGGAGUUCCUGAAGAUGAUAUGGAAGAAGGGUCUGGAGAUAGUGAUGAAAUUUUGGGGGCACCAACUAGCAUAAGCGGGGAGUUUAAUUCGCAUGAACAUGAAGAGAUUUCAGAAGCACAUGCUAGGAAGCUAGAAGAAGAAGCACAUGCUUAUGAGACGUCAAUUACGGGAGUCAUGGAGCACCUUAAUGAAGUUGAUGAAGUUGUUGAUGAUCCUGAUAUGUUUGGCCAGUGCACAACACUCCUUAUGGACAAGCCAGGUCCAAAGGAGAUGUAUGUGGCUCUGAAAAACAAGAGGGAAAAACUCCUAAUCUUCUUGAAGCAUGCAACUAAGGAUUGA